GAGCCAGCGACCUGCGAGGGAGCGAGGCAGGCACUCACUGACAGGCUCCCACCAUGAGAAACAUGCAGCUCCUGGACGAGGAGCCGUGGCAAAGCCUGUGCGGGAAGGAGCUCGGCGGCCUCAAGAAGCUGAAGCGGAAGCACAAAGAGCCGCCCGCGAACGGCUACAAAAGUUUCAAAGUGGCGCUGAAAGUCAGCGAGCGCGCGGCCGGCGGGAGGCAGCGGGCGAGCCCCGCGAGCCUGGUGCCCGAGAGCGGGGCGGCGGGCAGCUCCCAGGGGGCAGCGGCCCCGCCGCGGCUGGGCGGCAGAGAGGCGGGCAGCGCCGCCGGGGCGCUGGACAUGCGGAAAGGCGCUUUCCCGGCGGCAGGACUCGCCUGCCAGCCCCCGCGCAAAGAGCCCUGCUUGCCCCCGGCCGCUUUGAACGGGCUCCAGCCGUGCCCGGGGGAGCAGAGCCUCCCGUCCAGGCUCGUCCUGUGUCCCCCGCCGCCGCAGCGCCCUUUGGAAAGUGCCUACGCCUCGGUCGCACCUGGAGCUUACAACAGCACGCCCGAGUCCGCCGCAUCGCCUAGGAAACGGCUGGGGGAACCGGCGGGCGUCUCCUCGGAGAUCAAAGCCAUCCAGCAGACCCGGCGGCUGCUGGCGAACGCCCGGGAGAGGACCCGCGUGCAUACCAUCAGCGCAGCCUUCGAGGCGCUGCGAAAACAGGUUCCCUGCUAUUCUUAUGGUCAAAAGUUGUCCAAACUGGCCAUUUUGAGAAUAGCCUGUAACUAUAUCCUUUCCCUGGCCAGACUAGCUGACAUGGAUUACAGCGCUGACCACAGUAACAUGAGCUUCUCAGAAUGCGUGGAGCAGUGCACUAGGACCUUGCAGGCAGAAGGGAGAUCUAAAAAAAGGAAGGAGUAAUAACCAGGAGGGAGGAUUCAGAAGACUUUCCAACCAGAGUUCCAUCCAUUCUUGGCAAAGGUUGCAUGAUCCAGAUGAAGACUGCAGCUUUUUGAAAAGACACCUUUUCAAGACAAGAGUUGGCAGUGGGACUUUCUCAAUCUCUGAAGAAAAAAAAAAAAUGGAGAUGUCUUUUUUUUUUAAGCCAGCCACCUUUUAGUAUGUGCAAUUUAUUUAGCACUUUUCCCUUUGCUUAACUGGGAAAUGUUACCCUCUCGGCUCAUGUUGUACAGUCAUUUUGUUGUUGUUGUAGCUGUUGUGCCAAAGACUUGAUGGAGCUUCUACACUGUGUCUAGUUUUGCCUUAAAUGUUAAAUCCUUGAGCCAAAGAAAACUCAGAAAUUCCGUUUAGGUAAUGUUGAGUGGGCCAGUUUAAUCAGUGACAAAUCUGAAUUUCUGAAUCCUUCUCUAAAAGUUUCCUCUUUUUUUUCUCCUGUUCAUAUCUAUCUACUUGCAGCCCUGGAACCAGCAUUCACAGCCGGAAAAAACCAGGACACACCAACACUUGCUCCAGAGUUGAUCUCUCUUUCUUUCAGCGAUUUCAUUGUUCUACUUCUUUGGCAAUUACCUGGUUUUCUUCCUGCUGGGAAACACGUGCAUAGGGUAGAAAUAUUGACACAAAGUGAGAGCUGAAACCAGAUCUAUGCUUUUUAAAUAUAAAUAUAUCAAUAAAUAAAAAGUGCCACGUAAAGCAAUAAAAAAAAAAAUCAAUAAGACAGUUCAGAUAGGCAGCAUGGUGUGUAGCAAAACAAUUCAGUAGUUGUUUCGGUUUUGUGAAGUCAUUUUUGGCUGUUUUUUUUUUUUUUUUUAAGUAGUUAAAAACCCAUGUAAUGCAAAGGCAUUUGAAUCCUAUACUGUAUUUUUCGCUUCAAAUUGAAGUAAAAAAAUUAAGAACCAUUUGCUUGGAGUAAGCAAACUUUAUAGGUAAUGCAGUUCAUAUGCAAGACAUCUGCCAGUGAUGGAGGACAGAAUUCAGUGUCAGAGUAAAAGAAUAUGGGUUUGUAAAGAAAGGAGAUUAACAUAUUUUGUUUUCACUUAAGGGUAAAGGUUAUACCUCAGGGGACAGAUUCAGAUCUCAGUUACACUAGUGUAAAUCAGGUUUACUUACGCUUGAUUUACUCCAGUGUAACAGAUCUCAAUCUGGCCCUGUGUGUGUAUGUCUGGAGUUGCGUGGGGGAGGAGGGGUCUCUUCUCUUCAUUAUAUGAACAUGUAACUCUUAGCAGCCUCAGCAGGAAUUAUGCGUGUGUGCAGAGGGGAGAUCAGACUCUGUGCUACUAAACCAUUGACCUGAUAUCAAUACAAAAUCCUGAACUCAA